AUGACAGAUGUCCAUCGCAUAUUACCAACUAAUUGGGAAAUUCUAUAUCUUGGUCAUUGCAGCAAUUGGGAAGGGAACUCAGGUGAACCUUUGCCAGAUUACAACCAUGGACAUUCUAUUUAUAAACUUUUUAUAUCUAAUAGGCCAUAUUGCACACAUGCUUACGCUGUUUCACAUCGUGGUGCUUUAAAACUAUUGAAAAAACUUGUUAACUUAACGGCUCCAAUCGAUCUUCAAUUAACUAAUAUGAUUACUGCAAAUGAAAUUACUUCAUAUACUAUUAUACCACCGGUUAUAUCGAGAUGCCAUAUUUCUGAUGAACCAACAAAUCUCUAUCCAGGAAGAAAUACAUUAGACUUGUACUCUUUAAAGAAUUCCACUUUACAUUCUCUCGGGCUUAAUUAUGAAUUAAAUAGUACUCUCGGCUUUAGUCACAUUUACGUUAUUAAUCUUAUAAAUCGGCGAGAUAGACGCGAAAGAUUAGAAAUUUUAGCGAAAAAGCUUAAUUUAAAAUUCGAAUUUUUCCCUGCUGUUUCUCGAGACGAUGAAAAUGCGCUCAAAGAACUUGAUCGAGAAGACUCUUAUUUAAACCCAUCUCAAGUUGCUUGCUAUCUUAGCCAUUAUAAAGUCUACCAAUCAAUAAUUAAUAAUGGAUACGAUAGCGCUUUGAUAUUAGAGGAUGAC